CGCGCCCCUCCCUCUCCGCGCGGCCCUCGUCCGGUCCAGCAAAGGUGGUGGCGCCCCGGCGCGCGUGGGCAUGGUGCACGGCAGGGUCUCCCGGCUCUCGGUCCACGAUGUGCGCUUCCCCACGUCACUCGGGGGCCACGGCUCGGACGCCAUGCACACAGACCCUGACUACUCAGCAGCCUAUGUUGUCUUGGAGACGGAUGCGGAAGAUGGACUCAAGGGCUAUGGAAUCACCUUCACUCUGGGAAGAGGCACUGAAGUUGUUGUCUGUGCUGUGAACGCCUUGGCACCUCACGUGCUGAACAAGGCCCUCGGUGACAUUGUUGGGGAUUUCAGAGGCUUCUACAGGCAGCUCACGAGUGAUGGGCAGCUCAGAUGGAUCGGUCCUGAGAAGGGCGUGGUGCAUCUGGCCACGGCGGCCGUGCUCAACGCCGUGUGGGACCUAUGGGCCAAGCAGGAGGGGAAGCCUCUGUGGAAGUUACUUGUUGACAUGGACCCCCGGACACUGGUGUCCUGCAUUGAUUUCAGGUACAUCACUGACGUCCUGACGGAGGAGGAGGCCUGCGAAAUUCUGUGGCAAAGUCAAGUCGGGAAAAAAGAGCGAGAGGAGCAAAUGCUGGCACAUGGCUACCCCGCCUACACCACGUCAUGCGCCUGGCUGGGCUACCCUGAUGCCACGCUGAAGCAGCUUUGCAGUGAGGCACUGAAGGACGGCUGGACCAGGUUUAAGGUAAAAGUUGGUGCCGAUCUCCAGGAUGACAUCCGUAGAUGCCGACUCAUCAGAAACAUGAUUGGACCUGAGAAGACACUGAUGAUGGACGCCAACCAGCGCUGGGACGUGCCCGAGGCCGUGGAGUGGAUGACAAAGCUGGCUGAGUUCAAGCCGCUGUGGAUUGAGGAGCCCACCUCCCCUGACGACAUUCUGGGACACGCCACCAUUUCCAAGGCGCUGGCCCCCUUGGGCAUCGGCGUGGCCACAGGAGAACAGUGCCACAACAGAGUGAUAUUUAAGCAACUCCUGCAGGCGAAAGCCCUGAAGUUUCUGCAGAUCGACAGCUGCAGGCUGGGAAGUGUCAACGAGAACCUCUCGGUGUUGCUGAUGGCCAAGAAGUUUGAAAUUCCUGUGUGCCCGCACGCGGGGGGAGUCGGCCUCUGUGAACUGGUGCAGCAUCUGAUCAUGUUUGACUUCAUCUCUGUCUCUGCAAGCCUCCAAGACAGAGGGUGGUUUCCUGCUGGCUGUUUUCUAGGAUGUGUGAAUACGUCGACCACCUGCAUGAGCAUUUCAAGUAUCCUGUGUUGAUUAGGAAGGCUUCCUACAUGCCUCCAAAGGAUGCUGGUUAUUCAACAGAAAUGAAGGAGGACUCGGUAAAGAGACACCGCUAUCCAGAUGGUGAAGUCUGGAAGAAGCUCCUAACUGCUCAAGGGAAUUAAGCGCUCAGCUCUGACACGUUUUGCUUUAAGUGAAAAGGCUUACGAUUUCUUGGGUCUGGUUUUACAAAAAUAGAAGAAAAAAAAAAAUCAUCCUACCAAUCAAGACAAGUUCAGCUAAAAGUCAUACUAACCUCAGGGAUCAGCUUAGUCAUCAUUAUUACUUGAUUCUUUUAGCAGAAAAAAUUCUCCUGUGUAGUAUUUAAACAAAAAUAGCUCCAGUUAAUUCAAAGUACAGGAAGAUGUUCUUAAAUUUUCCAUCACACGUGUUACCUAGACAUUGAGUUGUACUUUGAAAACAAGCAGCAUGCUGGAAUACUUCCUUAAUCUUUUUAAAAACACACUUGUCAUAAAUUAGUGUAACACAAA